GGGAAAGUGGGGUAAGAUGAGCCGUUUUUCAUAUUUCAGAUCACUACAUCAAGUCAACCAUAGUUUUGUCUCUAACUCGUGUAUCUGCAGAUAUUUUAAGAUGUUGUUCAUCCCUGCAAACCAACAGAGAGUGUAAACAGAACUGUCUUGAUAAUGGAGCAUGCAAAAAAGUGGUCUCCUAUGGUUACCCUUUGGUUCAACUUACCCCACUCUCUACUUUGUGUCCCCUAACAAUGUUCUUCUAUUUUUUCCUUUCUUUUCUCUUUUCUGUUUCUACGAUAUGCACUUUGUAUUAUCCGUUUACGUGUGUAUUUAUCGAUUGUAAUUGCAAUAGAUGAUAAAGUUGUUUAAAAAAAAACAAAAACGUUGUUAUCGCGUUGAUUUCUCGCGAGACUGAACGUCGAAACAGGUGCAUUGUGGGAAGCAGACUCUGACGCCUUCUGUUGAUAACUCGAUAUUAAAUGCGAUUUAUUCCUGCAAGUGCAAGCUAAAAUGCACAAAACAGUCGAGAUUGAAUAAUUUCUUCGUCUACGACAAACAAUUUCCGUCAGCAGUUGUCAGGUCAGACUGGUAACAUGGAGGCUGGUGAAGGUAAAGUACAGUUUUAUUAAGUCGACGUUAAAAUCUAGAGAUGGUGAUGCUAAUGCAGGGGGAUACACGGAGAUGUUAGCUUUAGCAUCACAGUUUAUACAUGUUUAGUCCUCUUAGCUACCUCUUCUGCAGCUGUUUGAGGCUGUUUUACUCUGACAGUCAGUCAGCUUUAACAGUUUUUUUUUUAAAUAAAUUGUAUAUGGCUUCAGGCUUUCUUGUGUGUCAUAUUCAUAUCAAAUCUGAGGUGAAGUACUCUAGCGUAACUGAAAAAAUUAAGAAAUUUCUUGUAUUUGACAGGGGUAUGAAUAAUUCUGGGCUUAAGUGUAGUCCAUGGACAGGGUGCAUUCCUCAUAUGGAAAAAAUAAAUAGUAUACAGUUUGUGUUAAAAACUGCCGUCAUCGCUGUUUGAUUUUUAAGCAUCACAUAUUGACAUUAAACAGUCAUUUAAAUAAGGAUAAUCAUUCGGAAGGUAAUCCUUAUGAGAAAGUGAGACAGCCAGGUGUGAUGACGCGCUCCUCUCUGACAGGUGUAAGCAGUGCCACGCCCACAGAGGAGAUGAACGGGGCUGGAAACUUGAUGGAUUUCCUGGAUGAGCCUUUUCCUGAUGUGGGCACAUACGAAGACUUCCACACCAUAGACUGGCUGAGGGAGAAAUCCAGAGACACAGACCGCCACCGCAAGGUUUGAUCAGGUUUCCUUUAUCUACACAGGUGUAAGAAAUUCUAGGUUGUUUGAUAUUUCUCUUGUGUCUUUGGUGGAGUUCGAUUCCCAUGUCAGCUCUGAUCUUCCUGAGAUUCUUUAGGCUGUCAGAGCUAUCAGCUGUUCAGAGGAAAAAGUCUGAAACAAUAAUAUAUAUUUUUUGCCUUGUUUUUCUAUCAGAUCACCAGUAAAAGUAAAGAGUCCAUCUGGGAGUUGAUUAAGAGCCUGCUGGAUGCCUGGUCAGGAUGGGUGGUAAUGCUGCUCAUUGGGCUCCUCUCAGGUCAGUUGAGGGGGAAGAAAGCACCUUGCACUUUAAUUUAUUUAAGAUGACAUGGAUAAAAACAUGACUGUAACUCUAAGUAAUUGCUGCAAGAUGUUAAACAGCAUUUAUCUGAAUUCGUACCUGAAAGUUUUCUGUUUCUUGCAGGUACAUUGGCUGGAGUGAUUGACCUGGCUGUUGACUGGAUGACAGACCUGAAGGAAGGAGUGUGUCUGUCUGCAUUUUGGUACAGCCACGAGCAGUGCUGCUGGACAUCCAAUGAGACCACCUUUGAUGACAGAGACAAGUGUCCGCAGUGGCAGAAGUGGGCUGAGCUGAUGACCGGCCACGCUGAGGUCCGACCUGACUCUCAUUAUGGUAGAAAUUACAGAGGGUGGAAAUGAGUUCAGCAGGCAAAUGAGUAAAUCAGUGAUUAAUCGAGCUGCAACCCUCGUUCCUUUAGGAUGUAGGAAUUAGAUAUGACAUUAAAUGGAGGCAACGUAAAUGUGGGAGAACAGCUACAGGAAAGGUUAAAGUGAUAUCGAGCUUGUAAAUGGCAAGUAAUCGCUCAACGGCGAUAAAGGAAACGUGGAUUAUCAACAAUAAAUAAAAUGUAUUUGUCUUUCUUCCUUCAGGGAGCGGGGGCAUACGUGUUGAACUACUUCCUGUACAUUCUGUGGGCUCUGCUGUUUUCCUUCCUGGCCGUGUCUCUGGUGCGGGUUUUCGCUCCGUAUGCCUGCGGCUCUGGAAUCCCAGAGGUGACAGAAACACUGUUCAUAAAUACAUAACAAGAUAAUCUGCAGUCACUCUGCAUACCUGUUGGACACCAAAUAUUAAUACCAGAGAUAAUGAAACUCAUGACUAGUUGCAGCUCUCAGAGAUAUUUCUGAGGUGGAACAGUGUGUUAACAGAUAUCAAUUAACUUUUGGCUCCGUGCAGAUUAAGACAAUCCUCAGUGGCUUCAUCAUCCGAGGAUACUUGGGGAAAUGGACUCUGCUGAUUAAGACCGUCACCCUGGUUCUGGCAGUGUCGUCAGGUCUCAGCCUGGGAAAAGAGGGUCCUCUGGUCCACGUGGCCUGCUGCUGUGGGAACCUCUUCUGCAGCCUCUUCUCCAAGUACAGCAAGAAUGAGGGCAAGCGCAGAGAGGUACGCUUGUGCUUGUAAAACUCGACCGACAAAACACCAGAAGAAGCGGCCGAUCAUCAAAUGUAUUCACAUGUCUAAAGUAUUUCAGGUCCAUUUCAGGUCCUUAUUUAUGAUGAUACAAAGUGUUUUAUUGCUCAGGAUUACAUUAUUAAAAAAUACAUUUCCAAUUCAUAACACUGUAACUGCAUAAAGUAAUGCAUUUCCUAGUUUGAGACAAAUUUCACCCCAGAGGUCAGGAGUCAUUGUUGAGUGGAAGAAGCUAACUUUAUGCUAACUGUCUGUCCUCUGACCCUUCAGGUGUUAUCAGCUGCAGCAGCAGCGGGAGUGUCGGUGGCCUUUGGUGCGCCGAUAGGAGGAGUUUUGUUCAGCUUAGAAGAGGUUUGUUCACAGUCUUGUGAUAAUAGUGUUGGGCGGUAUGAACAAAGUCUUAUAUCACGAUAUGGGUAAUUUCAUAUCACAUUAACGAUGUAUACGGUAUGUUAUUUCCCCUGUAAAUUAAUGGCUUAAAAAUAACCACACUCUCACAUUUGUUCCUUUUCCUUUUACUUUUAAACUCCGAUUUUUAUACAAAUGUAAACUAAAUGUCAGACCAGUCUGGCGAUUUUUUAUCAUAUGGCGUACCUUUGGCGAAAGACUCUGCCAAGCUCUUUAGUAUGAGAAGAGCUGCUGCAGCUUUAGUUUUUGGUGCAGCAGGUGCGUCACGCAUCUUUUGGCUCUCAUAAUAGAGCUUGGCGUGUUUCAUCUUUCAUCUCAUGUGUCCCUCAGGCUCUUUCCUUGUUCUAUAGUUUAGAUUUCGUUUCUCUCUUCCUGUCCUCCAUAAUAAGUAUCCCUCUCUUUCCUGCAGGUCAGUUAUUACUUCCCUCUCAAGACUCUGUGGCGUUCAUUCUUCGCCGCACUGGUUGCCGCCUUCACUCUGCGGUCUAUCAACCCGUUUGGCAACAGCCGCCUGGUACUCUUUUACGUGGAGUAUCACACGCCCUGGUACAUGGCUGAGCUGGUCCCAUUCAUCCUGCUCGGCGUUUUUGGAGGCCUCUGGGGGACCCUCUUCAUCCGAGCCAACAUUGCCUGGUGCCGUCGGAGGAAGACCACUCAGCUGGGGAAGUACCCUGUCCUGGAGGUUAUUGCUGUGACAGGUAUCACAGCCGUGCUGGCGUACCCAAACCCGUACACCCGCCGCAGCACCAGCGAGCUGAUCUCUGAGCUCUUCAACGACUGUGGCGCGCUUGAGUCAUCCCAGUUAUGUGAUUAUAUUAAUAACCCAAACAUGAGUCGACCUGUGGAUGACAUUCCGGACCGCCCAGCGGGACCCGGGGUCUACAACGCCCUGUGGCAGCUGGCCCUCGCACUUGUCUUCAAGAUCGUCAUCACCAUCUUCACUUUCGGCAUGAAGGUUAGUGCAAACGUCUGAUCUUGAGGAUUUGUUCAAAUUGGUUUCUUAAACAGUUAUUUUUCAGGAGUCUCGCUAAUGAGUUUAUUUGUUGGCAUGAGGAUCCACCAAACUACCAGAGUAAUCUUUUAACCAAGACUGAGAUCGACUUGCAGGAUUCAAUCACAACCAAAUCUUUAUUCCUCUUGGUGGUCAUGCUUCUUCUCCAGAUCCCAUCAGGUCUCUUCAUUCCCAGCAUGGCUGUUGGAGCGAUCGCAGGAAGGAUUGUUGGGAUCGCCGUGGAGCAGAUGGCGUAUCACCACCACGACUGGAUCAUCUUUAAGAACUGGUGCCGGCCCGGGGCAGACUGUGUCACACCUGGCCUGUACGCCAUGGUGGGAGCCGCCGCCUGUUUAGGUGAGAAGAUCCAUCUCAUCAAACAUUGUGUCUCUGUCUCUGUCUGUUCGACCACUUAUGUGACGUAGAUAUUAUGUUAAUGUGCAUAUAGGGUUGCGAAAUACCCGGAAUUCCCAACUCUCCCAACUCUCCAUGGGAAAGUCAAGAAGUCAAGUACAGUUUCCAAUUUGGAAUAUUUCCUAAAUUCCCCAGCUUAACUCCCCAUGGAAAGUUUCCGGAAAUUUUCCGCCCCUUUGCAACCCUAUUAGCUUAUCAACAUUUCAGAUCCCAGCUUUAAACAACUUGGAUUCGUUGUAAUGAAGACAUCUGCAGCUGAUCUUGAAAUGUAUGAAGAUAAAUUGAAUUAAGUCCUUCAGGGUCCAUUUGUGUCAUCAGGAGUCUUUCCACAACGUACGGUCGCACAUAAAAUCACAGAGAUACUCAAAACAGUUGAAAAUUACCGUGACUCCAUCUGAACUUUAUCUAAAACAUACAAUCUUUGACAACAUCCUUUUAGGUGGAGUGACCCGGAUGACCGUCUCCCUUGUGGUCAUCAUGUUUGAGCUCACUGGCGGUUUGGAGUACAUUGUGCCGCUGAUGGCUGCCGCUGUUACGAGUAAGUGGGUGGCAGACGCCUUUGGAAAAGAGGGCAUCUACGAAUCACACAUUCAGCUCAACGGCUACCCCUACCUGGACGUCAGGGACGAGUUCACCCACCGCACCCUGGCCACUGAUGUGAUGCGACCUCGCAGGAACGAUCCUCCGCUGGCCGUCCUCACACAGGACAGCACCACAGUGGAGGAUGUGGAGACGCUGAUCAAAGACACUGAUUAUAACGGCUUCCCUGUGGUCGUUUCCAGAGAGUCAGAGAGACUCAUAGGCUUCGUUCAGCGCCGGGACCUCACCCUCGCCAUCAGUAAGUCAAAUAGCCUCCUGGCAUUACAGCUGCAUACAUUUCUAUUUUCCAACCAGACCUGAAGAUGUUUAACCAGACGUCUCUCAUCUGUCUUCAGAGAACGCUCGUCAGAAGCAGGAUGGCGUGGUGAGCAGCUCCGUGGUCUACUUCACUGAGGACGCGCCACAGCUACCCGCCAGUAAUCCACAGCAGUUAAAACUGCGACGCAUCCUCAACCUCUCUCCCUUCACUGUCACCGACCACACGCCCAUGGAGACGGUGGUGGACAUCUUCCGUAAGCUUGGCCUCCGCCAGUGUCUUGUUACUCGGAGCGGGUAAGAACUGACUCCUCCAGAGGACCAUCACUCCAGUAAUCCGUUUCGGUUUCAGUUCAUUUAUUUUAUUUUUCAUAUCAAGAAGUUCAGAAAGCAAAUAUUUAGUUUAUUGACCUUUAAAUAAAUUUGGUAGUAAGUUAACAAACAACAAGCAAAUGUUUGAGACCGGUCAAGAUUACUUCUGUGACGUCGUAAGACAUCAAAUUAUUCUUUAUAAGCAGAAACGUCUUUCUCUUUCUUUUUGUCCUCAAUCUAAAGCAGCUGAUAGAGUAAAAGGAAAAUAGGACAUGAGCUUCAGUUGAGAUGAAAAUAAUAAUUUACUGAUGAUCCAAAUAUUCUCUUCGAUGGAGUAACAGCGCCCUCUUAUGGUCAAACCAUGGAGGUCACUGAAAACGAGCCGAACAGGAAUGUCGUCAUCGAGCUGGAAUGAUAAUUAUUCUUUUGGGUUUAUAGAUGAGAGUUAUUGGUUUUGUGCUAAAAAAAGGUUUAAAAAAAAAGGAUGAAUUGUAUGAAAAAAAAAAAACUGAGAAAGGUACGAGACGAUCUUCAUAGAGGAGAAGUUGGAGCCAGGUUUUGUUUUAAGUUUCUCACAUCACCUCGCUCUCUAAGUCAAAGGUAGGAUGUUGAUUAUUUUACACAUCAGUGAGGGUCUUCUCCUUUCCUCUGAUUCAUUUCCAAACGAGUGGAGUGACCUCUGACCUUGUCCAUCUCUUUCUCUCUGUCUGUUCAGGCGUCUUCUAGGAAUCAUCACCAAGAAGGACGUUCUGCGACACAUGGCCCAGAUGAUGAACCAGGAUCCAGAGUCUAUUAUGUUCAAUUAGCAGACAGGAAAUCUAGUUUUGCUCCUCUGAUGGUGUACAUAUGUGAAACUGGUACAACACUACUGUACUGCAACCUGUGAAAAGUUCCUCCCAGCUCCUGACAGGCAAGUCCCUCCCUGUAGCAUCAACAACAACACUCCUGCUCCUCCUGCUUUCAGUGUAACUGUGCUGGAGUAUCUAACCAGCGGCAGAUAGCUUUUACUUCAAUGUUUUUACAGUGAAAACCCCAAAAGAAAAGCUGUUUGCAGACUGAAUGAAAAGAUCAGAUGAUUAAAGCUUCUUUUUCUUUAUUUUGAUAACUUGAAAGUACGAGCAAGACAACUGAGAGUUUAGCACACUGAAUGGUCGUCGUGCCAAACUCGAGCCCUCCCACAGUCAUUCAUGAAGCGCUGCUAAUGAUCAAAAACACUCUGAAGGAGAAGCUGAGACUGAUUUAAUGUUUGAAACUUGAAGACUAAGCUGAAGUGUUUGAGUGGGCGGAGCCACAGAGGAGAAUAGUUAGUGUACAGACCUGUAAAAGGUUUUGAUAAUCAUGGGGGGGGGGUAACUCUGUUCAAACAGGAAAUACGGGGUCAAACUGAAACAAAAUGUGCCUGAAAGAGGCAUAAAAAUGUUGACACCUGAAACCGAGCGUGUGGGAUUUGUGGUCAUUUAAAGCAGAGGUAGAUUCAACCAUCUCAAAAAAACAAAAACGAAACCUAAUUUGAAGUGUGUCGUUAAUUAUUACACAAAAAUCUGUCAAAUUCUGAGGGUUUUAAAGACAAAACGGUACAUGUGCAUUAGUGGUGAAUAAAACACUGGGACCAUUUAGGAAGUUUGGGACUGCUGCACUUUGUUUUUAGACUAACUAUUGUUUUGUGUAAUUUUGUGUUGCUGCCAUAUUUAUAUUGAAGUUGCUCAUGUGUUUUUAAGCAUCAGAGGCAACUCUUUUUUUUUUUUUUCUGUUACUUCAGUCUGACGGCACAAAAGGUGACACUACAUGUUCUUUGUACCGAAGUACCAGAAGACUGUUUGUUGUUAAUUUAACCGUGUCAAACUGUUGGUGGAAGCCUAAAAAAAGGAGUGUGAUGGAAACGAGUUUGAGUGUAUAAUUUUUAAUAUUUUGUUGAAGUGUUAACUGUUUUGCCAGAGACCUCAUAAGUUCCUCCAUCAGGUUUAUUCAUUCAGUCCUGGGGGGGAGUUAAAAAAGCUACUGUGGUUUAAAAAGUGAAUUCUCACAAGAAAGAGCGGAUGAUUUCUUUUUUUUUUUUUUUUUGCCUGUAAAUAUCCUCAGGAGUGAAAAAGGAUGCAUCAGUUUGUCCCUUCAGAAAAAAGUGCUUUCUGACCCUUUUUACCCUCACAUUUUCAGCGACGUCUUUUCACUCGCACUGUUUUCAGCCCAGUAGGUCACUCCAGAGGACUCGGUUCUCCGUUCUUCAAAAAAUGAUGAAAAACUUGAACACGAAAUGUAAAAUAAGUUGAAUCUCUUUUAUUCUGUUUUGCCGUUUAACCCCAAAUUCACAGAUAACUCUAUCAGAGACUUUGUGACUCUAACAGCAGUCUCGUAGGCAGCUGCUGAAGGAAAUCAUCUGACGUUAAAAAGGAUCCAAAUCAAACUACAUUGAUUCCUUUCACUUUCAUAAAUACAGAAAUAUUAUAGGGGAAAUGACUGCAUAUUCAGUGUUUUUAUCCUCAUCUCCAUUUCCUGUGCUGUGUUUUUGAUGUAAGAAGAAGAAUCCUCCGCUGCUAACAGUUCAUGAAAACUGAAAACUCUAUAUCGAAAAACACACUCCACGUUGAAGAAAAUAACCAAGAGUUUGCUUUUACUUGCCAAGAGAAUGUAUUUCAAAAUUAACCGUGUUGUAUGUAUUUGAAAUGUAUUGUGAGCGUUUUUAAUUUAAUCUAAUUUUGUCUAAAACACACUGAUGUUGAGCCCUUUUUUUUUAAUCCUCAUUAUUUAUCAUAUCCAUAAUGUGUACAGAAAACAGUCAAUUGCACUUUUCUUUUUUUGAAUUUGUAAAUGAAAUGGCAAAAAAAAUAAACGCGUUUGUCUCCAGGUGGCGCUUCUAUAAUGAUUUUUUAUUUUGUAACGUGGCUUCUUGAUGCUGUCUGUUUAGCGAAUUAUUAAAAACACCUAAAACGAGAUAUUUUUGACAAUCACAAAGUCCCAUCAUGUCAGAACAGCUGCUCACUCGUGUUUGUUCAGGACUAUUUUUCAGUCUACACCAGAAAGCAUCAGGUGUUGCCUUAAAGUGACUCAGAUCAUUCACUGGACGCUGGUAUCAGAGAUUUGGUCUCUAAAAUGAUUGAACAUAGCUCUACGAAACCUUACAGGACUUCUUUGAACACUGGCGAUAAAUGUGCCUCUCUGUUAUGAACACAAACGUACAAAAUGUAUUCUUGACUGAUGAUGAAAAAUUGCCUCCUCCUCCUCCUCUUCCUCAGGCUUUGGUCGUCUUGUCCUCAUCUUUGCCGGCUUUCUCCAAGUCAGAGUAAUGCUCCAGGGCCCGCCGCACCGGCUCCAGAAUAUGCUGCUGCAGGACAACGAGACAGCAGAACCUUUUCAAAUAUCGGUUUUAAUACUCAGUCCUGCUUAUUAAAAGAAAAACAACAGUUUAUUCUCCCUAACUUCAGAGAGCAGUUGUGAUAUUUUACCUCCAGACAGGGGAACAGCUUGGUGAGCUCGGUGAAGAGCGGCAGGAGGACGAAACGGAUGAAGUUUGUCUGAGAGGACGGUUUGGACACUUUGUCCCGGUCCAUGAAAGGAGUCACUGGAAGCCCUUUGAGUUUCUCCGUGUCGCUCUGCACAUCAUGGCAAGAAAAGAGUGGUAUCUGUCAUCAUGAGGGGAUUUACUUGAAAUUAAAUGCAGCCUGUUAUCAUAUUAUUGGAGUAAUGCAAUAAUUUUAAUCUUGGGCCUUGUUUUUAUUUGUUUUUGAUCUAAAUUACUCAAAGGUGAAAGAGUUUGUCAUCUGCUCCGGUGCUUUGCUUCAGCCUGCAGUAAUAAAACGGGCUGCAACACAAUCUCAUGAUGUGAAUAAGCGUCCUUAUGUUGUCUGCUCUCAGUCCCUCAGCUGUCUGCGGUCACGUCUUGAUUGAUCUGUAGACUGAGAUUAAAAACCUGAUUGAAGAAUUCCUGCAGCAGACAGUCCAGCCAUGGCUCGGCCACAGCCAUCGGCCUCGCCUCAUUGGAGAUGUCGCUCACCUUCACCAUGAUCUUCAUCAGCUGGAAGCAGAAUCAGAAUUACCGGUCAGACAUUUUCUUUUUUUUACUAGUUUUACUAGUAUUUGGCUUUACUCUUUACAAGCAAGAUUUUGUUUUCCAGGCAGAAUAAGCCAUCUGAAAAAUGCUGAAUGUCUCAUUAACUCUGUUUGAACUCCCCUCUGUCUGCCUGCCUGCUUCACUUUCAAACCUGGAGGCUAAGGUGACCUCUGGUGUACAUUUCAUGGCUAUAAAGUUGUUUAAAAUUGUACAACACCUUGAUCAGGUCAAACACGUAGAAAAGAAAACAGUUUUCAGAAGAAGGAAUCCUUUUUUCUUUACCACUUCCUUGUGAUCCUUGUUGUUGAAGUCAAACACCGGCUGCAUCAUUUUAAACUUGUUGAGGAUCUCGUUGUGUCUGGCCAUGUCGGUGGCUAGAAUACACCUGCAGAGACGAAUAUAACCAUUUUAAAAUAAUGAUAUUAAAUAACGAUAUCAGUGUCAAAUGAGUUGGGCUGUUUGCUGAACCCUUACUUGAUCAUCCCUCCUCGGAUUAGUUUGUACUGCUCACAGGUCAGGUUUUUGAGGAUGUUGCACUCUGGCUGCAAACGAAAAGUAAUUUUAAUACGUUCAAUUUUCAAGUUUUAACAUUUAUUUUUUGGUCAUUUGUUGAACAGGUCUGAAAGUUUGGUUAGAAAAUAUAUUUACUUAGUUUGAAGCUCAACAAUAAUCAAGGUAACACGUAAGGUUAGUCUUUUAGCAUAUGUUGUAUUGUUGUUUAAUCGCUAUGGAAGCCUAUUGCAUUCAAUUACAAAAAAAAAGAGGAAACUGUUUUUCUGACUAUUUUUUCUCUUCUGUUUUUUGUACUAAUAUUUUGUUACCUCUCUGUUUUUCGGAAAAAAAUUUAUUGUUUUUCUUGACUUUUUUUUUUUUUCUGUUUUUUUGUACCAAUAUAUUUUUCCCUCUUUCUGUUUUUUGGGCAAAUCUUUAUUCGGUUUCUCAUUCUCUUUUUUUCUGACUUAUUUUUCUCUUUUGUUUUUUUUUUGUACUACUACUUUCCCCCCUCUCUGUUUUUUUUUUUUUUUUACAAUUUUUUAUUCUGUUUUACGUAACUUUUUUUUUUUCAGGCUAUUUUUUCGCUUCUGUUUUUUUUGUACCAAUAUUUUUCCCCUCUUCCUUUAUUUAUGGACAAAUUUAUACUCUGUUUUUCGUUUUUCUGUUUUUGUACUUUUUUUUGUCUUUUUGUUUUUUUUUCUGACGAAACAAGAUACUUUAAGAUCCUGCGAAAAUCACAUACAAUCAGAUAACGUUAACCUCCUGGCUGCUCCAAAUCAGAUGACUCUCCAGCUCCUAGAUAGCUCGACUAUGGGGUCAUCUCUUUUUUCAUCUUCAAAUUUUUAUCUUGUUUUUUUGUACUUUUUUUUGUGAAUGCAGUACACUCUGUAAACCUCUAUUUUCAUUAAAAUUAUGACCGUUUUUUUUUUUUUUUUCAAUCCUUCAGUUUCCUCAUUUGGGGUUUCACAUCUCUUCAUCACAGACAGACGCCUCAUCUAUCAUGGUUCUCGUACCUUUGACAGGAUGCCAAAGGCGACAGCGCAGUGGUGGUUUUCCAGAGGGGAGAUGUCGUUGUAGCGGAUCGCCAAGUCUGUCUGAGCGUUGAUCUGUGUGAUUUUUGGGGAGGGACGGGAGCUCGGAUUAAAACAAAAACUGUAAUUGUGGAAUAAACUGGUCUGAACCUCCAACAUUUAAACCUGGUAGACGUUGUUGUAUCCUGGGUGGUCGAGGUCGUGGCACAGGGCUGAGGUCAACAUGAUCAGCAGGUCGAUGGAUGAUAAUUUACUUCUGAGGUCGGUCAGCCAGAUCAGCC